AGCCACACCUCGAAUAGCAAUAAGAAUUGGAAGCCUACAAGCAGUUACCUUUUUUCCCUUUCCUCUUUCAUUGAAUAGCGUAUUCAUUAAAGACCCGGCAAAGUGAAGAUGGCCACUCCUGCGUCUUCAGCUUCCUCCUCCGCGUCUGGCUCGUCAAUUCGUCAGCGCAUGCCAGACGGCAUCGCCGCAGCCUUCGCAGAAUUCUUCCAAAAGGCCGAGGACGACGACGUCGUGUGCGCCUUCGGUCCAGAUUACUUCCGCGGCGCCUCCGUCGGCGCCUUCGGUGGUUGCCUCUUCACGACUUCGCUGUGCUGGUACACGUUCCGCCUGCUCAAGGCCGAUCAGCGCGAGGUAGACUUCCUGGCUGGCCUGCGCCGCGGCCAGCGCAACCGCCACUUUUCCGCGUGGACCAUUCUACGCGGGCUUCGCACGCAGCCGAUGCUGACGGUCGGCUGCUUGGCACUGGCUGCUACAUCGACGAUGAAGUGCGUGAAGUGCUACCUGGCGAGUCGACGCUGCCGCGAGUUCUACCACGACGACAUGGAGUUCGCGAUGCUGCAGGCGCAAAGCGACGACGAUCCGAAGGCGGCGGCGCUGCUGGAGGCGAUGAAGCGGGAGGCGGUGACGGUGCGCACGCAGAUUUCGCCGUUGGCGGUGAAGAGCGCUGCGGUGUCGGAGCUGCACAAAAUGCCCCCCUCUUCUUCUUCUGUUGUUUCCUCUCCUGUGGAAGUUGAAGCGGCAUCCGUAUCGUCUCCCAGCGCCGGGGCGUCGGUGCAGGAGCUGUUGAAGGCCCACGGCGCGGAGAAACCGAAUAUUUACCCGUCGAAGCUCAUUCACCGCUGUCCCACCUUCGCGGACGGCGUCGCCGUGGCACUUUUGGGCUCGGUGAUGGACUGCUAUCUGCCGCAGAAGUCGGUGCAGAAGUACUACAACAUGCACGUUGGUCUGUGGUAA